UGCAAGUGAGGCUGCGCGUGGGUUUACUUAGUUUUUAUGUGCCGUCUACAUUCUUGUCACGUCGCGCUGUUUGCAGGCGUUCUGACUCCACUACAUACAUUCCCAUUAUCAGUACAACUCUUGCUGAACAAGCACGUUUCCCAGCCACUCAGUUAAGGCGCCUCUCUUCGUGCUCACACAAGUCUUCUCGCACUCCCAGUCGAGCUUUUCCUGCUGAUAACUUCCUCAUUGCCAUACUAAAGAUGUCUGCAAAGGAGAUUGGAGGUCACAAGCUGGGGCAACUGCUCAUCGAGGGCAAGACCAAGCAAGUGUUCGAUCUGCCCAACCGCAAGGGGCACUGCCUCAUCCUCAGCAAGGAUCGCAUCACGGCGGGCGAUGGCGUGAAGGCGCACGACUUGGCGGGAAAGGCGGCGAUCUCCACGCUGACGAACGGGCGGGUUUUCGGGCUGCUCAACGCCACCGGUCUCAACACGGCGUUCGUGGAGUCGGUCACGGACACGGCCUUUGUGGCCAAGAAGUGCGCCAUGAUUCCCAUCGAGUGGGUCUCUCGGCGCCUGGCCACAGGAUCCUUCCUCAGGCGCAAUCCGGGUGUGCCUGAGGGCUUCCGCUUCUGCCCGCCGAAGCAGGAGACGUUCUUCAAGGAUGACGCCAAUCACGAUCCGCAGUGGUGCGAAGAGCAAAUUCUGGCGGCCGGCUUUGAAUUCAAUGGCCGCAAAAUCGGCCGCGACGAAGUGGACUUCAUGCGUCAGUAUACCAUUGUUGUUUUCGAGAUUCUGGAAAAGGCCUGGGCCACGCGAGACUGCGCCCUAAUUGACAUGAAGAUCGAGUUCGGCGUCGACGAGGAGGGAAACAUUCUCCUGGCCGAUGUCAUCGACUCCGACUCGUGGCGCCUGUGGCCGGCCGGCGACAAGCGCCUCAUGGUGGACAAGCAGGUGUACAGGAAUCUCACGAGUGUCACGCAAUCCGACCUGGACACGGUGAAGCGCAACUUCGAGUGGGUGUCCAAGCAGCUUGAGGGCCUCCUGCCCAAGAACGACAGCCUCGUGGUGAUUCUCAUGGGUAGCGCCUCUGACACUGCACACUGCGAGAAGAUCGCUAAGCAUUGCCAGGAUCUGGGCCUCAACGUUGAGCUACGCGUGACGUCGGCGCACAAAGGCACACGCACGACACUCGACAUCCUGGCCGAGUACGAAGGGACAAUGGGAAAACUCGUCUUCAUCACUGUCGCCGGGCGCUCGAACGGACUGGGUCCCGUUCUGUCCGGCAACACGACUUAUCCGGUCAUCAACUGUCCACCAGUGAAUCCCGACAACCUCACCGUGGACAUCUGGUCCAGCCUCAACGUGCCUUCCGGCCUGGGCUGCUCCACUGUCAUCUAUCCCGAAGCGGCCGCGCUGCACGCCGCCCAAAUUCUCGGCCUGGGCAAUUUCCUCGUCUGGUGCAAACUGCGCGUGAAGCAGCUGAAGAACAUCGCGACUCUGCAGAAGGGUGAUGUGAAUGUUAAGGGCGUGAGAACUGCAUAAACACCUUUUCCCAAUAAAGAACCAAUACUUCUCUAAGCA